CAAGUUACCUCUCCAACAGGGACUUCAAUUAAUUCCAAUUCCAAUAUAUAUAUAUAUAUAUAUAUCUUCCAAACCCCAAACCAUAAUUAGAUCAUUUUCAUAAGUUCGGAUAUUAUCAAGGAUCGUCCAAACAUUAAUCAUGGGACACCUAAUUCUUGCAAUGGCAAUGGCAAUGGCAAUGGUGGCCCUGUGGUGGAGCUCCGCCGCAGCUCAGUCCACAGUGACCUUGGUCCCGGCCAUCGUCACAUUCGGCGACUCCGUUGUCGACAUCGGCAACAACGACUACAUCCCGACCGUGUUCAAGGCCAAUUAUCCGCCCUACGGUCGCGACUUCCGCAACCAAGAGGCCACCGGAAGAUUCUGUAAUGGCAAAUUAGCCACUGAUAUUACAGCUGAAACUCUCGGAUUCACGAGCUACGCGCCGGCGUAUCUCAGCCCUCAGGCCACCGGAAAGAACCUUCUCCUUGGAGCUAAUUUCGCCUCCGCCGGCUCCGGUUACGACGACCACACCGCGCUUCUUAGUCACGUGAUUCCAUUAUCACAGCAGCUUCAGUACUACAAAGAGUAUCAGGGAAAGCUUGCGAAGGUCGCCGGAAGUUCUCAGGCGGCGGCGACGCUAAUUAAGGAUGCGCUCUACCUGGUCUCCGCCGGCAGCAGCGACUACGUCCAGAAUUACUACGUCAAUCCGUUCAUCAACAAGGCCUACACUACCGAUCAGUACUCUUCUUACCUCGUCGGAAUAUUCUCCAAUUUCAUCAAGAGCCUGCACGGUUUGGGGGCGAGGAGGAUCGGCGUGACGUCGCUGCCGCCGCUGGGGUGCGUGCCGGCGGUACGGACACUGUUCGGAUUCCAUGACCGGGGAUGCGUCUCGAGGAUCAACACGGACGCACAGCAAUUCAAUAAGAAGCUCAACACGGCCGUGUCGCAGCUGCAGAAGCAGCUCCCUGACCUCAAGAUCGUCGUCUUUGACGUCUUCAAACCCCUCUACGACAUCGUCGCCAAUCCUGCUAAAAAUGGGUUCAAGGAGGCGACGAGAGGGUGCUGCGGGACAGGGAGAGUCGAGACAACCUCGUUGCUAUGCAAUCCAAAGUCGAUCGGGACUUGUAAUAAUGCGUCCGAGUACGUGUUUUGGGACAGCGUCCAUCCCUCGCAGGCUGCAAAUCAGAUCCUCGCCGACAGCUUGAUUGCUGCCGGCAUCGGCCUCAUUGCAUGAACGAAUUAUAGGCCGGGCCGGGUGACAAUGUCAUGGUCUGAUGCAUGUAUAUGCAGCCAGUUAUCUUCUUCUUUUUUUUUUUUUUUUUUUUCAUAUGUGAAAUUUACAGUACAAUCGAUUGAUCGAUCAUCUUUGGUUCUAUCUUUUGGUUUGUCGCAUUUUAUUUUGUUUUGAUCCUUCAAUUUGUUGUCAUGAAUUAGUACUUUUGAUGAUGAUAAAUGAUAUGAGUACACAUGUUGUCCCUUAGCACAAAUCUUAAUUAGUUCUAUUUAUACAAAUUUUCAAUUUUUAAA